AUGGCACCCCAGUACAACGAGUCUGAGCCCGAGAUCCAGGAGGACGACGCUCCCGUCGACUCUGGCAUCGACGCACAGGCUGAAGACGAGCGAGCUGCUACUGGCUCUGAGCAGCAGCAGGCAGCCAACGAGGCUGGCGAUUUGGACCAGGACAACAUCAUCGACAACUCCGCCGGCGUGUCGACCCGUGGAGCCAAGGUGGACGCCAUGAAGCAGGAUAGGGAGAUUGACAGUGACGUCGCUGCCGAGACCAAGGCUGACGAGCAGUCGUAG